CCGCGUUUCUUUCCCCGUCCCUUCUAAUUAUCUACAACAAUACAAUAUCAUCAUCAAAAUUAUAGCUCUAACUCCAGCAGCAGCAGCUAAAAUCUCAAUUAGCAAGCAACCUCCAAUCAUUUCGGUUCAUGAAAUUCCUGGUACUCCAAAUCCUCUGCUUUACUUCCUUUAAACUAUGCAGUUACAAUCUUGCUUCGUCGGCCUCUUUCUCCUCCUCUCUUGUAUUUCUGCAUCUGGGUUUGGAUCCAUGGGCCCCAUCUCUGCCGCAUUUGGAGACCAUGCCUUCUUCUGCGCCAUCGACGCUAGUGGCAAGCAAGAUGUUAUUUGUUGGAUAAAGAAUAACACUUUGCCACCAUCAUCAUCCUCAGCUUCUACAUCUGCUUAUUUUAGUAAUAUUGGUCCCAUAGCAGCUCUAUCAGGCGGCGAAGGAUUUCUUUGCGGAAUCUUAGCUAAUAACUCACAAGUAUUCUGUUGGAGCUCAGUUUAUUCAGGUCCAAAUCUUGUUCCUUCAGUUUAUAGGAACACAGCUUAUUCUCAUAUUGCAGCAGGAAAGAAUCAUGUGUGUGCUAUUAGAGGAUCUUAUUACUCUGAUCAUGAUUCCGGCACGAUUGAUUGUUGGAAUAUUAUCAACGGUGCUAAUAACAGUUUAACUUCUGUACAGGGCACUGGUGUCUUUUAUGGCCAAUCUAUUAGUAAUCUUGUGUUUGAUAAGGUUGUUUCUGGUGAAGAGUUUAGUUGUGGUGGGGUUAGAGGAAGAGGGGUUGUUUGUUGGGGACCGAACAAAGAUAGGUUCGGCGUUUCGAAUUUCUCCGAGAAUUACAUGGUUUUAGCUUCAGGGAGGGAUUCCGUUUGUGGGAUUUUGGAGGGGUCUAAUGAUGUCAAAUGUUGGGGCAACAGUACUAAUUCAUAUUCAACCCCUCCCGUUGGGACCCGUUUUGUGUCACUCACUGCUGGAACUAACCAUUUCUGUGGGAUUAGGGAGGAUAAUCAUGCAGUCGAGUGUUGGGGAAGUUUCAAUUCAUCUUUAAUUCCAAAGGGUGGUUCUGGGUUUAUGGCGAUUGCUUCGUCUGAUUUCACGACAUGUGGGAUAAGGGAAGAUGAUUUGGUUAUUGAUUGCUGGUUUGCUAACGGGACUUUGCCACCUGAUUACAGUCCUCCUUUGGAGUUGUGCAGCCCAGGGCUAUGUAGUCCUCGUUCUUGCGGUGAAGGAGAGUUUGUUUUCAAUGCAAGCAUUCUAAAUGAACCGGACUUGACAAGCUUGUGUGUUAGAAAGGACUUAAAGAUUUGUUCUCCAUGUGGGUCAAAUUGUUCUGAAGGUUUUUUCUUAUCUAGUCCUUGUACUGAGAAUGCCGAUAGAGUAUGCACAGCUUGCUCUCUUUGCCAGAACAAUUCUUGUUGGGAAGUUUGUGGGUUGAAAUCAUAUAAUGAGAAGCAAUGGCACAACUUGCGCAGAUUAGCAGUCAUAAUUGGUUCUUCUGCUUUGGGUUUCUUGUUGAUAUUAGUUAGCUGGUGUGUUCUUCCAUGUUUAUUCGCCAGCCGAAACGAAGAAAGAACAAAGAAUCAGUUUCAUUCUUGUAUUGGCAAACCAGAGCUCGAAGCUGACGUUGCUUAUGAUUCUUACCUUCCUCAAUCCAUCACUCCUUGUCCUGGGAAGGCUCAAGUUUUCCGACUAUCAGAGCUUAAAGAUGUCACCAAUGGAUUCAGAGAGUUCAACGAGCUUGGUCGAGGAAGCUAUGGUUUUGUUUAUAAAGCAGUUUUAGCUGAUGGGAGACAGGUUGCAGUCAAGAGGGCAAACGCUGCCACGAUAAUUCACUCUAAUAGCAGGAAUUUUGACAUGGAAUUAGAGGUCCUCUGCAACGUUCGGCAUUGCAAUAUUGUGAACUUGUUAGGUUACUGCUUAGAAAUGGGGGAAAGGCUGCUUGUCUACGAGUAUAUGCCCCAUGGCACGCUUCAUGAUCACCUCCAUGGUGGGCUUUCUCCUCUGAAUUGGAGCCUUAGGUUGAAGAUUUCAAUGCAGGCUGCCAAGGGACUUGAGUACCUUCACAUGGAAGCGGAACCGCCAAUUGUCCAUCAUAAUGUCCAGACUUCUAACAUCCUUUUGGAUUCUGACUGGGGAGCACGAAUCGCAGAUUUUGGGCUUCUUUCAGCAAAUGAGAAGGAUAUUUGUGGAGAUAUGAAAAGUGAUGUAUACAACUUUGGAAUUGUACUGCUAGAGAUUCUUAGCGGAAGAAAAACUUAUGAUAGAGAUUACACUCCACCAAAUAUUGUUGAGUGGGCUGUGCCAUUAAUUAAACAGGGCAAAGCAGCUGCCAUAAUUGAUAGAUAUGUCACUUUUCCAAGAAAUGUGGAGUCCCUACUUAAAGUUGCCGAGAUAGCAGAAUUGGCUGUCAGAGAAAAUCCUAACGAGCGACCUACUAUGUCGGAUGUGGCAACCUUUCUAGAGCAAAUUGUGAAGGAUGGAUUGCUCUUGUAGUCUACAGACAGGAUCCUUAGAUGUCGAUUGAAAUUGAUAUGACGAAAGAGGUACCAUUACCUCACCUUCAGCACUGAGUGCUGCUAUACGGCUACUGUAUACAUGUCUUGAGCAUUUUUGUACAUCACGUUGUUUCAAUACCCCCCUUCCCAUUUU